CCUGCCUGGGUGCCGCGUCUCCGUGUUAACUAAGAAACCUAUGCCCCCACCAGUGCUGAAACCUUAAGAAGGACGUCACCCAGACUGCUUGCUUUGUCGCCGGGUCUUCUCAUCAUCAUCAUCAGCCAUUUCCGCCAUCCUCCUAACCACUAUUUUUCGACCUCGCUCAUCAAUACGCAUUUCGUCAAAUCGCAUACCUCAUUGUCUCCCGUCACAGAUGGCGCCCACUGAACAGCUGGCCAGUUUGGCCGCCCGAUACUACACCAAUUGCGGAUACGGCUACUCUUCCGAUAGCGAUGGUAGAUGCUACCGUGAUUCGGCGUGGUUUUGGUGGGGUAGAUGGGUCUUCGCGGGCAUCGCGAUAGUCCUGGUCUUUGCUGUUCUUCUGCUCGUUGGCCGUAGAAACUCGCGCCGACGCCGCCAGCAAGGCCUGCAGCCUUUGCCUGGAACUGCAUGGAUGGCUGGCCCAGCUCCUCCCUAUUAUCCUCCGCCGCCACAAUACACGGCCCAGCCGCCCGCCGGUGCACAAACACCCGUGGGCUCCCAGGGAACUGGCCACAAGUUCAACCAGAACGAUGGAUACUACGCAAACCAGGAGGGUGUGCAGUUACAGGAACCAUCGAACACUUACCAGCGAGGCGGCGACUACGUCUAUGCGCCUCCCGAGGGACCGCCACCCGUUGCCGGCAAUGGUUCCUAUUCGCCGCCCGCCGGCCCACCGCCGGGGAAAAAUAACUAGGUGUGGAAAGGGGGUUGAGAUGACGAGGCGUUCUUUCAAGUCAAGUUGCGGUUGGUAGGGCGUUCAUGGGUCUCACAAAUUUGGAUCUGCUUAAUGGGGUUGGAUGCGGUCUUUGCUAGGGUCUGUGAAUAGAGGCGGAUAUCUCUCUCUUUGUAAUGGCCGCCGGCCAUGGUUUAUUGUUGAGGACAUAAAAUUGCGUACCUAAUUCCGUUCCCAGAUCACACGGGGGUAUUCUACGGUAGGCUGUUGAGUUUGCAUGUGCAGAGCGAGAGCCUAAGGGCAUAAGUGUCCACCUCUGAAGGUACUCGAAAAUAGUUCAAAUUAUGGCUCGAUUGACGUCGCCUCAAAG